UAUUGAAAUUGUCGUUAUUGUCGCUGGCUACACGCUGCUCGUCUUUACAUUGAUGCACUCCGGACAUAUUUCAAAACAACCUGAAAAGGAAAACCUACGUUCGCGAGGUUCUUUGUUGGUGAUUGUAGGAGGCGAAGUUUGUCUAUGUGGGCCAGAAUCUAUGCAGUGCACCCAUGGCUGACAAUGUGAAUGUUUGUGUGAACAAUGAAGUAGACAGAUCGCAUGGGUCACUACGGCACCGCGAUGCAGCGGCCUCCAGGUCUGGGGGGGGCGACGGUGGCAGUGGCACCAGAGGGGGGGCCGUGCUCAACGGGCAGCCGGCCGUGGCUCAGCGAGCAGUUCCAGCGCAAGUGCUCACCGACAGUGAGGAUGAGGAGGACGAAGAGCUAACGCUCAAGUAUGGAGCCAAGCACGUCAUCAUGCUCUUUGUGCCCGUCACGCUCUGCAUGGUGGUUGUUGUGGCCACCAUCAAGUCUGUCGGUUUCUACACGCAGAAUGAUGGACAGCAGCUGCUAUACACUCCAUUCCGAGAGGACACAGACACCGUGGGUCAGCGGGCUAUCGCCUCUAUCCUUAACGCAACCAUCAUGAUCAGUGUCAUUGUUGUCAUGACGCUGGUUCUGGUGCUGCUCUACAAGUACCGCUGCUACAAGGUGAUCCAUGGGUGGCUGUUCAUCUCCUCCCUGCUGCUGCUCUUCUUCUUCUCCUUCAUCUACCUGGGGGAAGUGUUCAAGACCUACAACGUGGCCAUGGACUACAUCACGCUGGCGCUGAUCAUCUGGAACUUUGGGGUGGUGGGCAUGGUCUGCAUCCACUGGAAGGGCCCUCUGCGUCUGCAGCAGGCCUACCUCAUCAUGAUCAGUGCCCUCAUGGCGCUCGUGUUCAUCAAGUACCUGCCCGAGUGGACAGCCUGGCUCAUCCUGGCUGUCAUCUCUGUCUACGAUCUCUUGGCAGUGCUCUGUCCAAAAGGGCCUCUGCGGAUUCUGGUCGAGACGGCACAGGAGAGGAACGAGGCCAUCUUCCCAGCACUCAUCUACUCCUCGACCAUGGUGUGGCUGGUGGGCAUGGCUGACACUGCGGGGCCCAAGAAUAAUUCCACCACGCCCUCUCAGGCUGAGAGUCAGGCAGUGCCAAUGUCGCCAACCAGCCUGGGGGAGGAUGACGGCGGCUUCACCAACACCUGGGUGGGGAACCAGGAGCAGCAGCUGGGCCCGCUCCAGUCCACGGAUGAUACACGCCGUGAGAUCCAGGAGAUGCCCCCAAUACGGCCGCCUGUCGAUGACGACGAGGAGAGGGGUGUGAAGCUUGGCCUUGGAGACUUCAUCUUUUACAGCAUGCUGGUGGGGAAGGCGUCGGCCGCAGCCAGUGGGGACUGGAACACCACUCUGGCCUGCUUUGUGGCCAUCCUUAUCGGCCUGUGUCUGACCCUCCUGCUGCUGGCCAUCUUUAAGAAGGCAUUGCCCGCGCUCCCCAUCUCCAUAGCGUUUGGCCUGGUCUUCUACUUUGCCACAGACAACCUGGUACGCCCCUUCAUGGACCAGCUGGCCUUGCACCAGUUCUAUAUAUGACAGGACCUGGGAGUUGGCCUCACCACCAUGCUCAUGCCCACACACAUACCACACACAUACCACACACACACACACACACACACACACACACACACACACACACACACACACACACACACACACACACACACACACAUACAUACAUACACACACACCAUUCAGGGCCCCUUCCUGGCCCUCACCAGGGACUUUUGGGUAAAGGAGACUACCCAUCCUUCCCUGCUGGAUGUGUGACUAAACUGGACCUUUUUUCACCUUAUAUUUUUUUUGUAAUGUUUUUGUUUGAUUUAUUAUUAUCAUUUUUUUUAGACCUUGCUCUUGUGAUUUGCGUUUAUCACGCUCAGAUCCUUGUGCAAACCCACCAGAGAGCUGAGUGCUUCUCUGGUCUUCCAGCGGCCUUCGCUGUGGUAGCAGGAACAAUGCUCUAAGGCAUUUCCUUUUUUUAAACGAAAAGCUUACCACUUAAAAUGAGCAUUACUGAUGUGUGGUCCUUUAACAUUUAUCUCUGUAAUUGUAAUAACUGGAUAAUUAUUAUGCACCUUCGUGGAAUAUUCAAUAUUUGAUUUGAAUGCCAGUUUUUGCUUUUAACUGCCCUUGGAGUCAGUGCUUGCUGUGUUGCCCUGCACUGGUAAGAGAUGCCAUGGACCCUGCUGGUUGUUUCCCUGCACAUUUAUAGAAAGUGCUCUAAACCAAAGCCCUCUGAGAAUUGUACAUGGCUUUGCCAGCAAGUGGUUUUCCUGAAUGGGACAGAUGUUAUUUUGAAUGUGAAGGGAUACGGGAGGACUGCCACAGACAUCAGAUGUGGUGUAAUGGGUACUUUUCUAAGCCUCCUGACACCUCCAUCGACUCGGCAUCGCAUGGUGAUCACUGAUUCAUUGUGGUCCGGUGCUGAGCACACACAGCUGAUUCUAGCCAGUGUUGUGCUUUUGAGAAAUCAUGUGGAGGCUACAGUAUGGAAUGUACCGUACACAGAGUCCUUCCAGAGUGACCAAAUUUAACUGCCCAUGACCGAGAGAGAGUGAAACUGCACCAAAGUUUUUUUUUUUUGUUUUUUUUUUGAUUAUGUAAUGGUAACGUGUUUUUUUUUGUUUUUUGUGUGUGCGUGCCUGUGUUAUUGUCUCUUUUUGUUUAGAUGUAUGUUUUGUUUGCUGGUACAGCAAUACUCUUGGUGACAGAUUCUACUUCUCUUAGUACAAAUGGGCAUCAAAAUGAAUUCAUGUAAUUAUUUUAGGGAAUUUUGUAAAAGUGAAGAUGAAAAGGCAAACACUGUUUUUUUUUAAUUUUUUUUUUUAUUAUUGGUUUGUAUCAUUUUCAGGAGGUUGUGGAAUAAAUGAGAUGUGACUGAGCAGUACUUCACUGUUCAGUCAGAAUCUGCUCCUUGUCUCCCAGUCCACUGUUUUCACCCAUUCGACCAGCAGCACUCUGGCCUGAUUCCUCAUUGAUGGUUUCUUUCAAGCUCCACGUUGUGGCUGUCAGUGCAAUACAUUACACUGUACCUAUACUGUGCCUACACCCACUUCUACUACAUGGUUGUGUUCAUUAGAAUGUAUAUAAUCCACCGGUCAGGUGGCAUGAGAACAGUGAUUUCUUAGACCUCAUAUUAACCCAGGGCACUUUUUUUCUUUGUAUGGUCAGUGAUUCUCUAUACUAUAUUAUAUUAUGCACAUUAUGACAAAUGGAUAUUCUCUGAAUACUAUUCACAUCUGAAAGGUCCUUGUGUAAAAUGUGUAUAAAUGCAUAGGAUGCACAAUUCUUCACAGUUGCGGGUGACAAGGUCCCACUGUCUGCAUUCCCUUGUGCAUGUCUCAUGACGCUCCGCCUGGUUUUGAUGCGACAGUCAUCUCGGUAGUGGGAAACGUGGGAAUUCCGUGGAAUAUUGGUCCUCCUCUGGCAUUCCAUGUUCUUCGCUUUGCCAAAUGGCUGGCUGAGUGGGACUGGCACACUGCCCAGAACUCAGGAGGCAUUAACCGUUGCCAUGGGGACUGCCUGGCCUACCGGGCCCGGAUGGUGAGACUAUUGUGAUUUGUCCAUCAUGCCUCCAUUCACGCUGGGGUUGUGUGCUCACUAUCCCAUUCAUUUCCACUUCAUCAGCCUUACUGGAACUGGAAGUUAGUGGCAUAUGCCAUCUGUAAGUCACAUGUAUAAUGACAUUUAAAUGUUUUAGGUUGACUUAUUUUUUCACUUAGGGCAAUUGUGCGGUUGGAUAAUGAGGUCACGUAGCUUUUAAAUACACUUAAUGCGCUAAUUAUGUAAUGCUGUUCUUGCUCAACCUGGUUUCGUGCAAUUUGUCAGUUCCAUUCAUUCAGAUCUUUGCAGGUGUAAUCCGUUUCUCUUGACUAUGAGGAGGUGUAAUCCCUCAUUCUCACAACCUCUCUAGGUGAGCCAAGGCUACUCAGACGCUCCGAGCCACGCUCCAUACGCAGCAGUGCCCAGGAUAGCCUGCACUAAGGAGAUUACUCAGAAUAAACGGUUGGUUGUAGGUGGAAUGAGUGGGGGCCUAUCACAUGUCGGCAUGCAGGGAACCAUGGGAUUAGACUCCCAAGUAAUUGAAUGGAACACCCGGAGUUGACCGGAUAGCCAGACACGGAGUGAGUCUGUUUAUUUGUUUCUGCCUGCUUGUCUGACCACCAGUGCUAGUACUCUCCCUCGCCACUGCCAGCAGCCGCCGCUUCACCGCAAAAGACCCGCCGUCACCGCACCGCAGACAUGUCCAAGGAAAAGUUGGAGGGCCUGGUGAAGCGCAUGGAGGCCACCCUGACUGAGAUGGAGCAGCUGAAGCUGCACUGCAGUCAGCAGAGCGAGGAGCUGAGCCAGCUGGUGGUGGAGCUCCGCAGGGAGAACCUGGAGCUGGCCCAGAAGUACGAGCAGCUAGCCGUGGACAUGAAGGAGGCCAAGGAGAUCAUAGUGCAGCUGCAGGAGACCAAGAUUGCCUUUGACUCGAAGGACAGACAAGCUCAGAAGCUGAGCAGGCAGCUCUGAGGCUCCGGAAGAGAAGAGGAGCUGAUGCCGCUGUGGAGAUGGAGGUUGCAAGAGAAGAUCCAAAUGAACAAAUAGGACACUUGAUAUCACCAGAAAUGAACAAAUAGGACACUUGAUAUCAACAGAAAUGAACAAAAAGGACACUUGAUAUCACCAGAAAUGAGCAUAUAGGAUACUUGAUAUCACCAGAAAUAAGGGAAUGAGGUUUUAAGAAAGCAUGAAAAAGCCUGAGGAGAGAGGUAAAAAAAAAAGGUUUCGGUCGACUGGUUUGACGCAGACAAGCUGGGUGGUAUAGCGGCGUGGAAGGGUUGUCUUUAUAAUGUAUGUAUAUAUAUCUUCUGUGUUUUACAUAUAUGACCGAGGAGGAGACCAGUGUAAAGUGAAAGCGCUCCAGAGUUAAAAUUUAAAUGCAGUCAUUCAGUUUUUCUUUUUAAAGCUUUGGUAAACUGUAAUGAGUGAGGAACCAAAUUGGAGGUUUACUCCUUCACAGGCGGAUGUGGGAAAUGUGGUUUAUAGCUGGAUAGGGGCCCCUGAAAGGUCCCGAUGUACAGUAUGUCAUGAAUAGAUGUGCAGAAUGCAAGAGGAGCCACCAGGAGAAAUACUGGAUUACAAGGAUUACUACUCUCACUGGAUUACCAACAUCUGUAGGUCUAUGUUGCCUUUGCAAUGGUGACUUUACUGAUGAGCUCUCACAAAAGGAGGGGCUCAAUAUUGUUGACUGAUGUCAUCACUGUAUGAUGACUAUGAAUUAAGAGCCCAGUUUACAUAUGAAGACAUCCUCACAAAUCAUCUCGGUAUCUUCCCACUACUCCACAAUGGUUCAGAAGAGAUGACCUCUGCUCAACUCCAUUAUUUGUGAAUGAUUCGAUUUGUGUCUGUUAUCACAUAGUAAGACUGUACUCUGUCUGUUACCUCUCGCCACACCUGUAUAGAAGAACAAUGCAGUAUGAACGUGAGAAUAUCCUGACAGUUUAUCUUCCUCUUCACAUUCUCGUAGACGAUUAAAAAAAAAAGCUUAAAAUGGCUCAACUGGAGUAAACAUACCCUUUCUAAGAACUCAAGUAGUGGGAGGGGUUAUUGGUUGUCCAGUGGUCAACUUAAGUUGUGACAAAACCUCAUCCUGUUUUCUUUCUUCUCACCAAUGUCAUGCUCGCAGGAACCACUGAGAUCAACAUGAACGUAGGGGAACACAGAUGGAAGUGGCAGCGGCCCCCUGAUAUUACCUCACCAGAUUAAACAGCAAUGUGCUUUUACAGUAGCCAAAAUGGCAAGUUCAUAUAGCCAAAAGAAAAUGCUGCAUUCAUUCAAACAUACACAUCGACUAUAAAUGCGUUACAUAAUUGCAGUUUGGGUUUUUCUUCCAAAAGAGGAGCUUUUGGUUGGGACCAUUCUGUUCCCUCAAACCCCACCUCUUCUGAGAGGGAAGGAAAAUCGGUUUGGGAAAAAUAUAGUUGUGUUUCCUUAAUAUAGUAGCCACUGUGGCUCUUGAGGUUUCUCUUCUAAAAACAAAAAACGACAUAUGUGUGUGUAGUUGUGUUCUGUGAUUUCUUUUGUGUGUGUUUCAAGUAAUGACCAACUGCAGUAUUCAGACAUUAAAAUCGACCGUUUUUACAACUGUCAUUGCUGGGAUCUAAUAAACGUAUCUGUUGUUCUAGG